AUGCGUGGCUUGUCAAACGUCGCCUUCGGCCUGGCUGCUGCCGCCGUUGCCGCAGCUUCAGAUGUUCACGACUUGAAGCAGGAUACCUUCAAGACCUUUGUCGAGGAGAAUGAUCUUGUUCUUGCAGAGUUCUUCGCUCCCUGGUGUGGGCAUUGCAAGGCGCUUGCCCCUGAAUAUGAAGAUGCCGCCACACAACUCAAGGAGAAGGAUAUUCCACUAGUCAAGGUUGACUGCACAGAAGAGGUAGACCUCUGCAAGUCAUACGGCGUCGAGGGAUACCCAACUCUCAAGGUCUUCCGUGGACCAGAGAGCAUUACCGCCUACCAGGGCGCACGGAAGGCGGACGCCAUCGUCUCCUACAUGACCAAGCAAGCUCUACCUGCCGUCUCAGAUAUCACCAAGGAAACAAUCGAAGACUUCAAGAUUGCCGACAAGGUUGUCCUAGUCGGGUUCUUCGCCGCCGACGACAAGGCCUCAAACGAGACAUUCACAUCCGUCGCCGAUAGUCUCCGUGAUGACUAUCUUUUCGGCGCAUCUAGCGACGCUGCCUUGGCUGAGGCCGAGGGUGUCACACAGCCCGCCAUUGUUCUUUACAAGACCUUCGACGAGGGCAAGAACACAUUCACUGAAGCUUUCGAGAAGGAGGCCAUCGAGGCUUUCACUAAGACAUCAGCGACCCCUCUGAUUGGUGAGGUCGGCCCCGAGACUUACGCAGGAUACAUGGCCGCUGGUCUACCCCUCGCGUACGUCUUCGCUGAGACCCCAGAGGAGCGUGAAGAACUUUCCAAGGAGCUCAAGGAGGUUGCCGAGAAGCACAAGGGUGUUGUCAACUUCGCUACCAUCGACGCCAAGGCCUUCGGCCAACACGCUGGUAACCUGAACUUGGAGGUUGGCAAGUGGCCCGCCUUCGCCAUCCAGAAGACAGACAAGAACGAGAAGUUCCCCUUUGACCAAGACAAGAAGAUCACCAAGAAGGAGAUUGGCGAGUUCGUCGAUCAGUUUGUUGCUGGUAAGGUCGAGGCCAGCAUUAAGUCGGAGCCAAUUCCUGAAUCCCAGGACGGUCCAGUUACCGUCAUCGUUGCCCACAACUACAAUGACAUCGUUCUCGAUGACAAGAAGGAUGUCCUCGUUGAAUUCUACGCCCCAUGGUGCGGUCACUGCAAAGCUCUUGCUCCCAAGUACGAGGAGCUUGCUGCUCUGUACUGGAACGAUCACGCUGACCAGGUUGUCGUCGCUAAGGUUGACGCUACCGCCAACGAUGUCCCUGAUGAGAUUCAAGGCUUUCCCACCAUCAAGCUUUUCCCUGCUGGCAAGAAGGACUCCCCUAUUGACUACUCUGGCUCCCGUACUAUCGAAGACCUUGCCACCUUCAUCAAGGAGAAUGGUUCUCACAAGGUCGACGCUUAUGUUGCACCACCUGAGGAGGAGGUCGAUGAGGAUAUGCCCUCGCAAGCUCCAGCCGCCACCGAGGAUGAGGAGGGUGUGGCUGACAAGAUCAAGAGUGCCGUCAAGGAUGCCGCCGAAGCCGCUGCGUCCGUCAUCAGUGACGACGAGGGUGUCCACGACGAGCUGUAA